UCGGCUAAAAUGGAAGUUACCCGGUAUAAUACCUUUUUUUUUACAGUGUUGUCUUGCUAAACAUAUAUGUAUUGAUUUUAUUGUUCAUUAUCAAGAUCGUCAACAAUUAAUCCAAAAUAUUCAAUCAAAUAUUGGUCUACGACAUGAACAAAUUGUUCAGCCAGAUAUGAUAGAAAAAAUUUUAAAAUUAAUAUUAUUAUUUAAUGAAAAAAAAUCCAGUAUCAUCAAAAAAGAAUUUGAUACAUUCGGUUUAGAGGGGUCCACGAAAAAUUUAUUUUAUCCCGGUUUACUUUUUCCAACUGAUAUUUGA